AGUCCUGUUACGAACCAGUCGUCGCCGGUGUCUCGGUCACGUUGGACAGAAUUCUCUCGUCGAGAACAAUUCUUACCUUUGUUCUUCUUUUUAUAAACUUAAUCCAGUAAUCGAUAUAUCGUGAAUUCCAUCGCGGAUAUCAUCUGUGCGACAAUCUAUGAACGUAUUUCUGUUUCUUCUUCGAGGAAGAGGAAGAAACUCUUCAAACGACUCGCUGGAGCGUUAAGGUAUACCUUGAAACACGUUUCAAUCCUGCUGCGUAAAGAUCCUCGUCGAAACGAGCAAAAAGGAUACUCCGUUCAGUUAGGUAUUGGACACACUUUAACAACACCACAAGUACAGCACACAAAAGCCUUUGCACACACGCAUCCGAACACAGCUGUGUACAAGACCACAAGAACACGGGAACAGGGAGGAAGAACGUGGACCAGGGGGAUUGUCUAUUGUCUAUAGCCAGCUAGAUCAUGUAUUUCCGACAGAUAAAUUUCUUUGGUGACAAGCAAAGGCCGAUCCUUGCCACUGAUCCUGGCAUGGAGGCCAAACAAGGGAAUCCGGACGAGGGGGAAAUCAUGAAAUUGAGAGAGAUACCACAGUUCACCGCGGGUAAUUUCGUAUUGAAGGCUGAAUUGGAUGAUGACGAUGAGAGUUUCAAAGAGAAGGCGAAAAACGAGCUUCGAGAGACACCUGAGGUAGUCCAGCAAGCGUUGAAGGACAUCAGGGUAAUAUUAAAAGCUGAGCCGAAUUUGGUUUUACCGGACAAUGACGAGUUUCUUCAGAAGUUCCUGCGACCUUGCAAAUGGUACCCGAAGAGUGCCUUCGAAUUGAUGAAAAGGUUCUAUCAAUUCCGACUGAACCAUCCACGAUACUGUGAAAAUCUGCUACCAAGCGUAGAGACAAAACCAUUUGUCGCAGAACUUGUGAUACCAUUACCAGAUCGAACGAUAGACGGUUGCAGGUUGUUGCUAAUUAACGCUGGAAAAAAGUGGAAUCCUAAGCAGGUUUCUCUUGAUAAUUUGUUUCGUGCUUCUAUGUUGUCCUUGGAUGCAGCCAUUGCCGAGCCAAAGACGCAGAUAGCUGGUGUUCACGUACUCCUGAACAUGGACGGACUCUCGUUGAGCCAAGUAACCUAUUUCACACCUAGUUUCGCUGCCAAUGUGGCAGAAUGGGUACAGAAAUGUUUGCCAUCUCGUCUGAAGGGAAUUCACAUAGUGAACCAACCGUUUAUAUUUAACAUGGUCUUCGCCAUUUUUAAGCCUUUCCUUAUGGAGAAAACACGUAACAGGAUUCAUUUCCAUGGAACGAACUGGAGUUCGUUGACUUCUAUUAUAGGCACCAAAAACUUACCUAAAGAACUUGGUGGAGACUUCGAAAUGCCAACUGUUCCUAUUGGUCAAGGAAUUUCUGAUUAUUUCUGUUUGUUCGAGAAAGAUUUCGAAGUUUCCAAUAAACACGGGUAUAAAAAAAAUGCAAAGCGAUAAGAAAGCAAGUGAAGUUAUUUAUCAAUGUUGAGAUCAAACGAGAAACAAGAUGCUACAAUCUUACCUUGUACAUCAAUUAAUGGUAUGUUAAAAACGAUGAUUAACAAACAAUAAUCGUUCGUGCCAAUAAAUCAAAUGAAAUAUAUCGUUGUUUAACUCCAUGAAUGUGUUUGAUCGGUGUAAAAUCGAGUUUGUAAAAAGGGUAAACGCAAAUAAUAUGUUUAAAUAAACUGUGUUCGGAUUGUCAUAUAUUUUA